AUGACGAGCAACUCUGAUAAUGCAAAGAGGAGCGUGGAGAAUUUUUUUGACUGUCUCACCGGUGGCAACACACCGAAGAAACCGUUUAUUGAUUCGUCUGACAAAAAAAAUGGUUCGUCCCCACUUGAUUUGCUCAACGGUUUUCUCUCAGGAAUAACUGGAGCAAAACAUAUUCCUUCUAAAUAUGUGCUACUUACUGCAGAACAACUAUCCAGGUCAAGGACAACCACAUUUGGCAUUCUUUCGGGGGGCCAGUGGCUUUUACGUCUUGAUAAUGCACACCGUGGCACCCCGUUCAGCCACGUGAACAUCAACCCCAAACUCACUAGUAUCCCUGAUCCGCACUUGCCUUUGCCAGCUGGAGUCACGACUUUAGGCGCCGGUGCUACUAAAAUUUGCAACGUGGUAGGAAAAGUGGCUCUACCAAUUGCGUUGACAGUGGACACAGUGAGAGUUGGCUGUGCUAUCGGAAAAGAUAUAAAACAGGGCGAUACGUAUUGCCAUCAAACUGUAAAAACGGUUUCGUCAACAGCAUCCUCUUGGGCAGGAGGUUUUGGCGGUGCGUUUGCCGGAAACAGUGUCGGUAGUUUGGUUGGUGGAGGCAUUGGUGCGUUAUUUGGCGGAGUGGGUGCGGCGCCUGGUGCAGCCAUUGGUGCGCUUGUUGGCUCCCUGGUUGGUGGUGUCUCAGGUGGAAUCGGAGCAGGCAUAGCGGCUGAAGCUGUCGUCAAUAAACUUACCGAUGUGCACGGCAUAGUCAGCAUUACAAAUAAGGGCCAUAUCGUCAUGACUUCUUCCUUCCCGCCCGAAACCAAUGCACACAAGAACGAGUGGCUGCAAGUGGUUCAGUCAGUGGUCCAAACAGCUCUGGAGAAUCGCCAAAUGUGCGUGAUCACCUAUCAAACGCCAGAGGAAAUUUUCACCGGAAACUACUGUGACUUGCUGGAGCCUCAAGACGUUGAGAGCGAAUUCGGCCUGUUCAUGUCCAAAGCGACCAUAACAAAAUCCUUAGUCGAAAAAGCCUGUGACAGUCUGCAUUUUUUCUGUUCUUUUUUGGCUUUUGUUGAUUGCAAUUUCGAGCUGUCCAAAUUGGAGAAACUGAUUGGGAGCACUGGAGAAAAAAUGUCCGAAAUUGCGAACGAGUUUAUAUGCAUGAAUAGCGACGGAAGUGCACUGUAUUGGAUUAAUCCUCAUAAUGGUGCAAAACAAGCGGCCAACCUUCUCGCUGAAAAUGUGCAACCCAUUCUGAGAGUACAGAAGAACAGUUAAAUUUUAAGUCAAAGAAAUUGAAGACCGCAGUGAAUUAUACAUCGAGAAUAAAUCAUAAUGUUGGUUAAUUUAAUUCCUAAUAAUAUAUGCCCAUAUAUUAAAAAUAAAACUGGAUAAUUUCAUCCCCUGGUCUCCACUCGAUCUGCUUUUAGAAUUUUAGAGAGUAAUAAUAUAGGGUACUCAAUUAAUCUUACUAAAAGAGAACUACACAUCCUAUAAAUGCCUAUUCAGAUUUCACCUUAAUUCUCUUAAAUAUUUAAAUUUCCGAGUUAAUCAUAAAAAAGUUCCGCGCUUGCUAUUCAAUGCGAGAUCGUUAUUAAAUUCUUCACAAGUUCACUUUUGGUCCCACUAUUCAUGGUCAUAAAUCAACAAAGUAGAACUAAGGAGUUUUCUGCGUUUAAUCAAAGGAAAAAGUAUCGUAGAGGCUUGGUGCACGUGUUCAAUUAUUAUUCAAUUUGUUGAUUCUGCUAACAACAAGAGAUAGCAACGUGUGCAAAUAAAUUUAUGUUUCUUAACAAAUAUAUAUGCAAUACAUCGUAUUUCACCAAUUUCUCUUUUCAUUUUUGUUUGAAAAUUAAACCUGACUAAUUAA